AUGACUACGAUGUUGCCCUUCCGCAAGCCCCAGUCGAGGCAAGCUUCAAUUGAUCCUCACCACGAUUUGAACCCGCUUGUGGAUCACUACAUCGGUAUUGAUGUUGGAACCGGUAGUGCAAGAGCAUGCAUCAUCGAUUCAACUGGUGAUAUCAAAGCUUUGGCAACAGAGAACAUUGGCCUCUGGCAACCAGAGACUGGCUACUAUGAGCAGUCCACCACCGACAUCUGGAGAUGCAUCUGCAUGUGUGUCCAGCGUGCUCUGAGCCAGCACAACAUCGACCCCAGCACAGUUCGUGGAAUAGGUUUUGAUGCUACCUGCUCUCUCGCAGUCUUCUCUCACGACACAGAUGAGCCCAUGUCUGUCACGGGACCUAAUUUCAACAACGAUGGAAAUGACCGUAACGUGAUCCUAUGGCUUGAUCAUCGACCUGUCCAGGAGACUGAGAAAAUCAAUGCCACUAACCACAACCUCCUUCGUUAUGUUGGAGGCAAGAUGAGCAUUGAGAUGGAAAUCCCCAAGGUGCUCUGGCUGAAGAAUAACAUGCCCCCCGAGAUGUUUGAUCGGUGCAAGUUUUAUGAUUUGGCGGAUGCUCUAACACAUAUUGCUACCGGGAAUGAGACGAGGAGUUUCUGUAGCACUGUUUGCAAGCAGGGUUAUGUUCCUGUUGGUGUGGACGGCAGUGUUAAGGGGUGGCAGGAGGACUUCUAUGAGGCCAUUGGAUUGGGAGAUCUUGCAAAGGAUAAUUUCAAGAGAAUGGGUGGAGUCGAUGGGGUGAACGGGAAGUACAUGAGUGCGGGUGAGCUGGUCGGUACUCUCAGCGAGAAAGCCGGCAACCAACUUGGCCUCCCCGCGGGAAUUGCAGUCGGAAGCGGUGUCAUUGAUGCCUAUGCCGGAUGGGUGGGCACUGUGGGAGCAAAAGUCAAUCUGAGCUCCGAGGAACUCGACACUGAUGUCCCAAAGAACGAUAUGUCCCAAGCAUUCAGUCGACUGGCAGCUGUAGCCGGGACCUCAACCUGCCAUCUGGCCAUGUCUAAAGAACCCGUAUUUGUCAACGGUGUCUGGGGACCAUACCGAGAUGUGCUUCUUCCAAACUACUGGAUGGCCGAAGGUGGACAAUCAGCCACCGGAGAGCUGCUCAAACACGUCCUUGAAACUCAUCCUGCCUAUAACGAAACCCUAUCCAUUGCGGAAUCCUUCAACACCAGCAUCUACGACUACCUAAACUCCCAUCUGGAAGAGUUGAGAGAGAAGAUCCGAGCACCAACAGUUUCCUAUCUGGGCCGACAUUUCUUCGUCUAUGGCGACCUCUGGGGUAACCGCUCACCCAUCGCUGAUCCAAACAUGACAGGCUCAGUCAUCGGGCUCAGCAGCGACCGAAGCAUGGACGGACUCGCCCUUUACUACUAUGCCACUAUGGAAUUCAUCGCUAUGCAAACGCGUCAUAUCGUCGAAACCAUGAACACAGCAGGCCACACAAUCACCAGCAUCUUCAUGUCCGGUUCCCAAUGCCAGAACAAAAUCCUCAUGGAGCUAAUGGCAACUACAUGCAACAUGCCCGUUCUAAUCCCGAGAUACGUGCACGCGGCUGUGGUCCACGGAGCGGCAAUGCUGGGUGCUAAGGCCGCGAGUGCGGAUAAGGACGGGAAAACUGAGGAUCUGUGGAGCAUUAUGGAUCGGAUGAGUAAACCAGGAAAGAUUACUAGACCUGGCAAAAAUGCGGAUGAGAGGAAGCUGUUGGAUGUUAAGUACAAGGUGUUUUUGGACAUGUGCAAGACCCAACAGGAUUAUCGGCAGAUGGUUAAUGAUGCUGUUGGAGAGUGGGGAAGUACUUCAAGUUCUUGA